GUAUACAACAAGUUUUGGAAUUUGUGGCCAAUAUAAUCUUCUCGGGGGACUCUCUCUCUCUCUCUCUCUCUCUGCUCUGCGCUGAUCUUUUUUAAGCUCACAUAGGAAAGAGAGAUGGCGAAUUCCAUUUCAUCAGUAUCUCUGCCGCGAUGUUUCGUCUUCAACAAUGGUUGUCACAAAUCAAGGCCAUGGCCGAGCUCGAGCAGUCUCAUCCUCAACAACUCAUCAAAUCAUCACACACUACUCUCUCUUUCUUCUUCGCCGGCCUCCGUCGUAGAAACUGGUGGUGACAAUGACGACGGCGACCUCACUUUUAGUGGUUGCAGAGUGUGUGGGAAAGAGGAGAAAGAGAGUGGCUGUAACGGCGACGGACGGAUUCAAGGUGGCAUUGCAACAGUCCCUGGUUUCGGUUGGUGGCCCAUUAAGGCUUACCGGCCUUGUCCCGCGUUUGUCGAGUCCGGAGGUAGAUACCGCCGCUUAGGACAGAGCAUGGACGAGGUUGCAUUUGGUCGUGGUGGUGGUGACUCUAAAUCCGACACCACUGAUCCGCCACCGAUUAGCAGUAAAAAAAAGCCAACAAGUUCUUCUACCAAGUUCAACAAGUGAGAUACAUCAUCAUAUUUCUCCAAAAAAAAAAAAAAAAACGUUUUUUUGUUGGAAUAUGUGUAAUAGUACAUUCGUUGGGCCUAAACAUAUUAUCGGCCCAUUUAUAAUCUGACGGCCCAGUAGUUAAAAACCCCCUUUAAAACGUUAAUGAGAGGAUUCUUCUCAUUCUCUCUCUCUCUCUCUCGUCUAAGGAAGGACUCCGAAAAAGAAGAAAAAAAAACAAAACCCUAUCGUAUAUUUGACGGCGUCGAGAGACAUCAUCAUCAAUGGAGGAAGAAGGGGCGAGAGAAGAGGUGGAGAUCGAUAAGGAUCUGCAGAGGAAAAUAGAGAAGACGGUGAAGAAGAUCUUGAAAAAGUCGAACUUGUACAAGAUGACAGAGAUCAAGGCGCGAGAACAAGCUUCAGUUGAAUUGGAUCUCGAUCUCUCUCAAGAUCCUUACAAGGUCAUCGUGAGAGAAGUAGUUGAAAAUUUCAUAGAAGAAGCAAUAAAGGUGGUAGGCAAUAAGAUUGCGAAGCUUCCGACGAAGAAAGAGUCGAGUGUUUCAAUCUAAAGGGCUUUAUCUUUAUUUUUGUUGAUCCGAAAUUGGAUAAAAUUAAACUGUAUGGGUGAUUGAUCCGAAAUUGGAUAACAUGAAACUGUAUUGCGGUAGACAGAUAUGCGUGUAAUGGUUUAGUCUUGUUGUUAUUUCGAAUCUUGACUAACCAUAUCGUAAUUUUCAUCA